ACGGAACCUCAGUCAUCUCAUCUGCGUUCAGUGUAAUUAACGCUAAAGCUUUCUUAGUUUCUGUCCUAAACUUCGAAGUGCUCCCACUUCACGUUGACAGAAGAUGUUCUUUACCCAAAAGUUUAUCAGUGGCAUCAUUGAUGUUGUCAGCAACAUCGACCCUGACCAGUACGUGCCCUCGCAGCCUCCCCCCCCUCGCAUGCCGAUGGCCUAUGCAGAGCAGCGUGAGAGCGAUGAGGAGAAACAGUUUCGUAGAGUUUUCCAGCAGCUUGCUGGUGAUUCGGACUGCACGGGGAAACUGGGCUUCCAUGAAUUUAAACUACUCUGGAACAAUAUAAAAAAAUGGCAGGGUGUGUACAAGGCUUGUGACAGCGAUCACUCUGGCUUCAUCAGUGCAUAUGAGCUGCCGAACGCUUUUGGAAAAGCCGGGUUCCCCCUCAAUGACCAGCUCUUCCAGAUGAUCAUCCGCAGAUACAGUGAUGAAAAUGGCAACAUGGAUUUUGAUAACUACAUCGGCUGCCUUGUCAGGCUCGAUGCCAUGUGUCGUGCCUUCAAGACCCUGGACAAGGACAACAACGGAACUAUCAAAGUCAAUGUUCAAGAGUGGCUUCAGCUGACCAUGUACUCCUGAGUCCUGGUGGGGAUCCCUGGCCCCUUCCCCCUGCUUGGUCUUUGAAGCCACUUUAUCUAUCCACACAACCCCAAAUACUUUUAUCAGUCCCUGGAGCUUAAACAUAUAGGUUUAUUUUAAAAGUUAUGAUUUACAGUGGGGGCAGCACGGUGGCGCAACUGGUAGAG